UCCAGUGGAUGGGAGGAGCGACCUACCGAGGAUCCGUGCGCCUUCACCUAUGUGUGCGCCCCGGACCAGGUUAAGUAGCUCGGUCACACAUCAGCUGUUACUAAACCAGGGGACAGCGUGGAGCUUGGAAAGACACGGAGCGUUCACUCCUGACAGGACAUAUCGUGAGUUUGCGGUUGGAAACCUGCGGCUGAAACUCCUCGACGCAGCUGCUGUGCGCUCUGAGGAUCCGUCCGACGGACAAGAAUGAGCUCUCUGUCUGCUUAGCGACCUGUUAAAGAUGGUUCAAGGAAGGUCCUGUGUGAUUACUCCUCUGCCUGUAGUUAUGGUUGCACUCAGCGAGCAGUCAGGAAUGUCCUCCGUCUCCUGCCUAUGACAUGGUUUAACCCAUGAAUGAUCCGGUCACCAUGAUGGCCUCUAUGGUUGCCAAUGGAAAUCGAGACGAGCAGUCUCUGGUCCUGAAAGGGGUGGACCCGGAAACCUGCAUGAUUGUAUUCAAGAACCACUGGGCUCAGGUGGUGAAGAUCCUAGAAAAGCAUGAUCCCCUUCGCAGCAGCUCCACCCUGCCCUCCCUGGGUGUCAUCAACCUCAACGCCGGCUCUGGCAGCAGCUCUCGUUUUGGCUCCAUCUCCGUAGACGAGGCGAAUGCAGUGCAGAACUAUGUGGAGCACAUGCUCUUCCUGCUGAUGGAGGAGGAGAGUGGGCAGGCUGGAGCCAUGGGCCCCAUCCUUGAGUUUGUGGUGAUGGAGAACGUGAUGGAGCGGCUGUUCGUGUGGAGCCUCCGCAGGGAGUUCACAGACGACAUGAAGCUGGAGCAGCUGAAGAUGUACGAGAUGCUGGUGGGCCAGGCGCAGCAGCCUCUGCUACAUCACAAGCCCAUCCUGCGGCCGCUCAUGAUGCUGCUGUCUUCCUGUUCGGCCACGGCGGCGCCUGCGGUGGAAGCUGAGCUGGUGCUGCUGCUCAACCAGCUGUGCUGUGUUCUGGCGAAGGACCCUUCAAUUCUAGAGCUGUUCUUCCACACCAGCGAGGAUCAGGGAGCCACCAACUUCCUCAUCUUCUCCCUGCUCAUCCCUUUCAUCCACAGGGAGGGAACAGUGGGCCAGCAGGCCAGAGAUGCCUUGCUGCUCAUUAUGUCGUUGUCCGCUGAGAACGAACGAGUGGCCAAACACAUCGCAGAGAACACCUACUUCUGUCCGGUUCUGGCCACAGGUUUGAGCGGCCUGUAUUCGUCUCUGCCCACUAAGCUGGAGGUUCACAGUGAAGACUGGCACUGCCUGCACAGAGAGGACUGGCUCCGGAUGCCGUCACUCGUUCAGUUUCUCAACUCGCUGGAGUUCUGCAACGCUGUUAUUCAGGUGGCCCAUCCUAAUAUCAGAGACCAGCUGGUUAGUUACAUCUAUAACGGUUUCCUCGUGCCUGUCCUUGCACCAGCACUCCACAAGCUCACCCUAGAAGAGGUGAUGACGACGACAGCGUACCUCGACCUCUUCCUGAGGAGCGUCUCUGAGCCGGCGCUGCUACAGACCUUCCUGUCCUUCAUCCUCCUGCACCGACACGAGAGCGUCCACAUCCUGGACACUCUGGUCAGCCGCAUCAACACGCCUUUCCAGCUGGGCACCGUGUCUCUGGCACUUUUCCGCACUCUCAUCAGCUUAUACUGUGAAGAUGUGAUGCUGCAGCUCGUACUGAGGUACCUGAUCCCCUGCAACCACAUGAUGCUGAGUCAGAGGCGUGUAGUGAGGGAGAGAGACUGCUACUCGGUGUCGGCAGCCAAGAUCCUGGCGUUGACGCCGUCCUGCUGCUCUCCUGAUCGCAGCCCUCCGCCCCUACGACAGCUCGACUCCAUCCUCUUUUCCAAGGGCGGAGAUACUCCCAGCAGUGGUGGCAGCACAGAGGAAAUACAGAGCUUCUCAGAAGUGGAUGAUGGCUCAGGGAACUCCUGCACCAUCGGGUCAGAAAUCUACUUUGAUGUCAGUUAUCUCCAUUACCUCUACGACGCCCGUCUGAGCAUCAGCGGCUCCAUUCGCGCCUGCCAGGUUUGGUCAGCCCCGUACGACGGAGAGGAGCCGCCUCCUGAGAGGUACCAGCCGGGCGUACUUGAGGAGCCCCUGCUGAAGAGACCCCAGAUGGCUUCCAAGAGAGUCCCAAAGCCGCUGGUGCAGCACUCUCGACCCGCCCUGCCGCCGAGUACAGAGCCACCCUCCGUCGCCCAGCUGGAGCUGGAGUGGGAUGAUAGUUACGAUGCGUGUCCGGUGCAGACUGCUGAGGCUCCUGUAGAGACUAAACCUGCACAGCUCCCUCCUGCUGAGCCCCCAAAGCACAUCCAGGAGAUGAGGAGGACGGCCAUCAUGUUGGUCAAAGGCUCGUACAUUGAGGAAAAUGAGUUCCAGGAUGACGUCAUGGUGUAUGAUCUAGUUGCAAAGAAAGACACCAGAGACGUCGACCGGGCAAAGCGCAGUGGUUCACAAUCAGAAGAGACCUCAGCAGAAGUUCCCCUGAAGAACGGGCUCAGUCUCACACUUCCAACCACUGUGAUGGCUGAUAAUAGCAAGAAUAACCUGGACACAAAGGCCAAAGGUCAGACAGAUUGUAACGCCAACCUCCAGAACACGUCUGCUGUGGAGCUGGGCGACGAUCUUUUGGCUCAGUACGAGGAGCUCAUUCGUACUUUAGACACUGAGGCAGGCGGAAAACAGGUCAAAGCUGAUGGAGAGGUGAAGAAGCCUGCUGGACCUGUGAAGGAGGAGGAUGAAGAGGAGAUGGAUUUCACCUCCUUCUCUGUGGAAACACCAGAGCCAGAGAAAGUGCACUCACCAUUUGGGACGAUUAAUAGGUUUCGCAGUGGAAGUACAAAUAGAAGCCAGACAGUGCCUUUCACAGGUCCAUUCGUCAGCGUGCUGCUGUCCCGUCUGGAGAAUAUGCUCUCUAACUCGCUUCAUGUCAACCUGUUGCUGACCGGCAUCCUGGCCCAGUUGGCUGCUUAUCCUCAGCCGCUGCUGCGCUCAUUCCUCCUCAACACCAACCUGGUUUUCCAGCCAACUGUUCGCUCCCUUUACCAGGUACUAGCCAUUGUGAAGAACCAGAUUGAAGAGCAGACCGCUAGCAGAAAGGACUUCCCAGAGCUGAUCACUGCUGCCCAACACUGGCUACUAGCAAGGGAGACUACAUUCAUGGCAACAGAGAAAAACAGCAGCAGAGGCUUCAACCACCACGACGGAGGAAGAAUCCUCCAGAGUUCACCGCCACCCAAACCCAAAGCCAUCUCUCUGGAUCGGACCGAGGUCUUCGCUACCGUCCUCUUCACGGAGUUCCUCAAAGAACUGGCUGCAACUGCACAGGAGCACUCCAUCUUAUCUUACAUUCCUAUGGAAGAGUAGUUGAAUCCAACCGAACUCCGAAAGAUUCUAAAACACUCUAUUUUGAUUGAUAUUUGUCCUUUUCAGGCACUACUUGAUGAAGCAACCUCUCAGAACUAUUUUUAAAAUAUAGAUUAUUUAUUUUCCAAAGCAAAUUCAUCCUUUUUUAAAGAAUUUUUUUUCAUUCUACUUCUAUAAAAAGUUUGGCAGCCAAGGAGGAGGUCCAAACCUUGAGCUGGAAUAUCUCGACCUGGUUGCUGAAGCUACACCAGCGAUUGUCUUCAUAAAGGCGAGCUCCAGGUCCACCAACCAAAGACUGUAGAGAAAUGAUUUAAAAAAAAAACAAAAAACUGACAUUUUUAUCAAUCAUCAGCCCUCAACUGAACUUUCAGGGUUCUGCCCUUGUUCUGAAUGUGUUCUCCAACCAGCUCCAACCACAGCAAGAUGUCCGCUAAUCUGCGUGGUUCUGUAAAAUACUCAGGUGGCCUUUCGAGAGUGUUGCUUCGCUGCCAUGCGAUUACAUUGAUUACUGAUUUAUUAUCACCCUGUAGACAACUGGCAUCGUCCCAGAAAAACAUCCAAACUUCCACUUUGUUCUUAUGCAACUGUUACACAAUUUAAUCUUUUGGCAGAACAGAUUAGUCACUGUUAUCUUCAAACUUCACAAAGUGGCGUUUCCACAGAAUCCUUGUGUGUUAGAUGUAGAUUGUUUUGGUGUUUUUUUUUUCUUCUGUUGAUUGAUGAUGGUACCUCAGGUUCUGUUUUUCUUAAUUCUUAAAUCACCUUUUGGGUGAAGCAAUUUUCCUACAGUGCACUAGUUUCUCACAUUUUUGGGCUCUACACAUUUUCCAUAUCUGUACAGAAUGACAAACCAGAGCAUCAAACCCAGGUUUAUUAAUGCUACGCUUAAUUUGCCUUACUUUAGCGAUGCUUUAUAAUGUAUAUAUUGUACGAGAAAAAUGUUCUGUUGACAUAGAGUGCUGCAAAUUAAGGAUGUUUGGAGUGUAAUUAAGUUUAGGAUAUUUUCAUAAUGGGAUGGGGUAUUUAAGCUUUUUUUGAGUUUCUUUUGGUAUUUUCUUUCAAAAAAGGUUAUAUUUUAGGCACUUUGAUGAUAGUCUGCCUUCUAUUUAGGGUUUUGUUUUAGUUGUGAUCCGGCUGAAAUCUCACUGUUGGGAUAGUUUUGCAUCCAAUUCAGACUAGCAGUUACCAGGGGCAAUUUGUUCUGUUGUAAAUCCCCUUUGUUUUAGUCCGAGUAUUGCACAUGGUUGUUAGUAUGAAUGUCCAAAUGUGACAAUAUGAGAGAAAUAUUUUGUCAAAAAGCAUGAAUCAACUGAAUUUAUUUACCAGAAAUACUGAAAUACUCGUAAAUUGGUGCCUUAGUUAUAAUUUUAGUUCACAUUAUUGCCUGAUUUCUAAAGGCUUUAAACAGGAACAAUACACCAUUUUACCGUUCAGGCAGAAAUGUAGUUUUUUUUUGUCACUUUUUUUCACUUGAAGCCGUCCAUUGUCCAAGUGCAAAGAGAAGUCUGUGCUGUUGUUAAAUUCAGCUUCCAGGAACACAAAAUCAAUCACUUGCUGCUCACAGCCCGAUGAAAAGAAGCAGUUCCUUCAAAAUGUAACAUGGAAAUUGACGUGGGAUUUAGAAUUGAACAUUUCCUAAGAUAAUCUGAUACAGAACUUUAAUCAAUGCUGAGUUUCAAAGAGAAUUAAAGUCAAGUGAUUUCUCAGUCUCCUUUUUUUUUUUUUAAAGCUUUUAUGGAAAGAGUCAGACUGAGAUAAUGGACUGCUUCAAGUAAAUAAUAAAACAAAACAGUUGAGUAUUAGCAGAAAAACUGUUCAGAAAGGCGGCUGAAAACAGCUUCUUAUCUUGUAACCUCGUGGACUACACUGAGUAGAUGUUCUCAUCUCAUAAGUUUAGAAAAGAAGAUUGAUUUUAGGUUGAAAUAUGAAAUGUGUAUUUCUGUUCUUUUUUUUUUUUUUUUCUUUUUUUUUGUCUGCAUUUGUUCUCAUUGUUUAACUCCACAAAAGGGGAGUCAACAUUAUAUGAGAUUGAUGCAUAUUUUAGUCUUGCAGCCAAAUAUUUUAAUAUUUAGUGCAUGUGUGUGACCAUCACCGGCCCUCCCUGAAAGCGAAGCAGAUAUUCUUUAUUAGAAUUCCCUAUUAUGAGCCAGGGAGGGCAGUGCUACACCUCAGUGAUGUGUGGGGGAAACAAAGACUGGACAGGACGAACAGGACGAACAGGACGAACAGGGAUAGAAAUUAACAGGCAGUGCUAUUGCAAUUAAAGAUUGUAAGGUGGUGUGUUAUGCCCAACUACUAACUGCCCAUCAAUAAAAAAAAAUAAAUAAAAAUUUGAAAAAAGAAAAGAAAACCAAACCAACACAAAAGAAAAAGAGAUUCAAUAAUAAAUGAACAAAUGGUACUGAGCACCAUAAUUGUGGGUGUCUUGAUAGUAUAGAAUAGAAUAGAAUAGGCCAGAAAAGGAUACUAGUGCGAGAGAGAAUGAGUUUAGGGUAGAGACUCUGGAGAAAUUCUCAGCACAUUAUGGCGGGACCCAUCAAUCGCUGAAAUGGGACUCGGCAGUAGCUGGCAAGACCUGAUCAAACAUGCAAGUGUGAAGAACCCCGAAGCCCAGAACAGCAGUCACGGCAAGGCAGGGCCAAGUCAACAGGGCAUCCCUCCCCCCGGGCCGUAGGAGCCACAGGGCGGCCCCCCAGAGAGCCACCGGGGCCACCGUGAACGACGCGAACCCAGAGAACAAGAGGGAGCAGCUACUGACACCCCCUGCGCGCCCAGACCGACCCAGGUGGCCCGGGGCACGAGGACCCACCCGCCACCCAAACCCCAACCCCCCCCCCCCCCCCCCCCCCCCCACCCCCCCCCCCCCCCCCCCCCCCGCCCCCCCCCCCCCCCCCCCCCCCCCCCCCCCCCCCCCCCCCCCCCGAGGGGGCCAACGGCCCCACACAGCCAGGAAGCCAGACACAGGGGCCGAGCGGCCCACCGAAGGGAUGGCAACCAGCCCAUCACAAGGCAGGCCACCACCGGGAGCCGGCCAGAGGAAAUCGGAGCCGGGACCCGAUGUGAGUCCAGAGGGUAAAAAUGGACAGUGUGGUGGGGCCCGGCGACGCCAACAGGGAGGCACCCCGCAUACCCCCCGCACCAGGCCCCAGGUGAGCGCAGUACACCCAGGGCCCCCACUCCCCGCAAUGCGCCCUGACAACCCACCAGGACAGAGCCACCACAUGCCAUCAGUCCGCAGUACAGCCACAGCGCCCACCAGGACGGCCAAUCCAGCCCCCGCAGCCCACCAAGAGCCAUCGCACCUGCCCGGACCCGUCGGGCACGCAGGAGAACCCCCCCCGACCACAGCCCCCAGGUCCCGGGGACCCCCCAGCCACAGCAACACGGAUGAUGGUCCACCCCCGCCACACCAUAGCUAUAAGGGGGCCGGGUCCCACCAGUGAGGCCAUAUUAGUGAGAUCCCCCCAUUACUCCCUGUUAAUAAGUGUAUUUCUGUUCUAAUUCCUACUCAAUGCUACACAGACAAUGAAUUAUGCAUCAGGAUCUUUGUGUGCUAACUGUAGAAAAAUGGCUCAUCUUUGUGUCAAUCAAAGCCAUCCUCAGACUAGUUGAAUGCAUCUUUGUCUGGUUCAAGAAUGUGUCAGAGCACUUUAUCAGCCUCUUCAAACCACAGUGCCACUUAGUCUGUGUUAACAUAGCGUAACAUUCACAGGUUUUAACAGCACUAUGGCAUUAAUACAGUUAAAACAACCAAGACUGUAAACCGCUUUCUGUCUUUAUAGGUUUCUAUUCCAAAGACUCAUCCUUUCUCACUAGUCUCUUUCCUGUUUGACUUUAAAUUGGUUGCCGUUUGUCAUUCAUGUCUGAGAUACAAAGACAUGCCUUUUUAAUAAAGAAAUAUUCUGGUAAAUGAAA